AUGAGCAUUGCCAAUAACCCAUUGAAAAUUGUUGAUAUCUCCCAAAUCAAUGACUCUACUGCCAAAGAUAUCCUUGAUGCUGCUACAUCGCAAGGAUUUCUUUUCGUGGAAGGUCAUGGAUUCUCCGCUGAAGAAGUAGCGGAUCUUUUCAAAAUGUCCAAGGAGUUUUUCGAAUUGCCUGAGGAGUACAAGUCCAAGUUUCCUAUUGACACCACUAACAAUGGAUACACGAACUACGGAGGAGAGAAUCUCGAUCCAUCAAGUCAGAAGAAAGGAGAUCCUAAAGAGGCAUACAACUUCAGCGAGAUUGACUUCACCACUUGCGAAACCAAAAGACCUCUUCCAGAUUGGUUUACUCAAGACCCUAAAAGAGCACAGUUGGUUAAGAAGAUGAUUGGUGAUUUGUACAAGUUGUCCAACAAGGUGUUGACACUUCUCGCUAUCGGAUUGAAGAUCGAAGAUACAGAAGGAACCCCUGGCUCUGAGUGGUUUACUUCGAGAUAUCGUCCUGACAAGGCUUCAGGCACCACUUUUAGAUUUUUGCAUUACCCGGGCCAAAAAUCCUUGAGCCCAGAAGCUGUGAUCAGAGCAGGUGCUCAUACAGAUUACGGAUCGGCCACGCUAUUGUUCCAACAGGAGAAUCAGGAAGGAUUGGAAAUUUACUCCCCUGUGAGCAAAAAGUGGGAAGCUGUGCCAUAUGUGCCACCCAACUCGGAAAAAUUCCCUGGUGAAGCAGCUCCUAUUGUUAUCAACAUCGCCGACCAGUUGUCGUACUGGACUGGCGGGUUGUUGAAAUCUACCAUCCAUAGAGUCAAGUUCCCUCCUAAAGUCCAGGAAACUGGCCAGGACCGUUACUCGAUUGUUUUCUUCAGCCAUCCGAACGACGAAACAUUAUUGGAGCCGGUGCCUAGCGACAUGAUUAGGUCGAUCCAAGGGCGCGGGGCGAAUAAUGCCGAAAAAGUAGUUACGGCUAAAGAACACUUAGAUAAGAGAUUGGCUGCGACAUACAACUGGUCCUACUAG